CCUCCCAGAGCUCCCUCUGCGCACUCUGGAGCGCUCCUCUCUCAGGGUCAGACCGGAUUGCAUCCCCUCUUUUUCCAGAAGCCUCUCCUUCUCAUUGGGACGCAACACCCCCCUCCCCUCCAACCCAUCCACCCACCUCCACCACCACUACACACACACACCCCUCCAACCUGAAAAUCAUCGUCUUGGUUUUGACGGCUCGCACUCUCCCGCGAAAUCGGGGUUUUUAAGACGUUCUUGUGAUGGAAAGCAGAGAGGAGAUGGUGAUGCUGGCGGAAGGAGGUCAGCUUGGCAAGAGCGGCACUAAUAUGUCGGAAACCAUCGGGAGCCCCGUGCGAGAACCGCAGGGGAAGCCGGGCCACAGGAGCUGUCUGAGCCCCGGCGCUGCGCCCUACUCCCGGGACAGGACGGAGGUGAUGGAGGAGAGCGCACGGAGGAAUAUGUGCGCUGAUAUGAGGCCAGUUGGCACGUCUUCCUCCGGAGAGAGGCACCGGAGUGAUCAUCGCCACAAAGACGGCAGCAGCUCAGACACCGAGUCGGACUUCUACGAGGAAAUUGAUGUCAGCUGCACGCCUGAAAGCAUGGACUACCCAACAGCUAAGGGUCGAAAUGGGGAUUCUCCGGGUCACCCGAGUGAGACUGGUGCUGAUCUGGGUUCGACUGUCCCAGGUCAGGGCUCUCUGUCCUAUUCAGCGGAUCAGAUUCGCCGGUACCGGACAGCGUUCACUCGGGAGCAGAUCGCACGGCUGGAGAAAGAGUUUUAUCGGGAGAACUACGUGUCCAGGCCGCGGAGAUGCGAACUGGCAGCCGCCUUAAAUCUACCUGAAACCACAAUCAAGGUGUGGUUCCAGAACCGCAGGAUGAAAGACAAGCGCCAGCGUCUGGCCAUGACGUGGCCUCACCCCGCCGACCCGGCCUUCUACACCUACAUGAUGAGCCACGCGGCGGCCACGGGGAACCUGCCCUACCCCUUCCCGUCCCACCUGCCACUACCUUACUACUCCCACCUGGGUGUCGGAGCCGGCACGGGUCCAGCCGCCACCCCUUUCUCCAACCCCCUGCGCUCCCUCGACAGUUUCCGGAUGCUGUCUCACCCCUACCAGAGGCCGGAGCUCCUGUGCGCCUUCAGACAUCCCUCCCUGUACCCGGGUCCAACCCACGGCCUUGGUCCCGGAGGAAGCCCCUGCUCCUGUCUGGCCUGUCACUCCAGUCAAUCUAAUGGUAUCUCAGCCAGGCCCACCGCCUCGGACUUCGCUUGCUCCCCAACUAGCAGGACUGACGCUUUUGUCACUUUCACGCCUUCAGUUCUCAGCAAAUCCUCAUCUGUGACAUUAGACCAGAGGGAAGAAGUGCCACUGACCAGAUAAAACCAAAACAAACAAACUCUUGCUCUAUAUCCUAAGCCUUUACCAUAAGCUUUUUAAACCUAACAUAUAAUAAUGACCAGGACUGAAACAGCAUGAAGAGGUAGCCUGUAAGCAGUGCAAGCCAGCUUAAACUCGGGGCAAGAUACUUAACCAGAUCUUCAGCUAUGUGACGCACAACGGAUCUCCCAUUACUGAAAAAUAAUAAUCCCAUUGCAGAGCCAGGACAGUAGGCUGAAAUAUGACGGCAUGGACACAAAAGCAGAUUUGAUUUUUAGAAGAUUAAUUUGAUGU